AUGCGGAUGAAGUGUGGAUGAGGCAUCGAGCGCUUCUCUCCGAGCCUUAAUGUUCUGAUUUAAGAUCAGUAUCAAAUCAAGCACACAAAAGGCAAUGGAUGGAGCAGUAGAUGGCACCAAGCUCAUUCAGAGACACAAGCUAGAGCUAUUAGAAGCUCUGAUUGAAGAUCCAGACUUUCUUCUUCAGCAUUGUCAUGCUCGUGGCAUACUAUCAAACAAUGAGUACAACAACAUUAAAGACAUUAACACACGCUCAAAACAGGCACGGGACAUCUUGGAUUAUGUCAUUCUCAAAGACAACAAGCAUGCUCUGACUUUCCUGAAGUUGCUGAAAACACCAGAAAUCCAAGAGACUUUUCCGAAACUACAUUUCCUUCAAAAUCUGCCAAACAACAAACGCAAAACGACAAAAAACACAGAGACGACAGCAAAGCGAAGAUCGCAAAUGGAAAACGAUGCACUGAAGGAGCAGCGCCGUGUAAUCAAUUCCAGGAUGGUGAGAGAGAGUGAGAUGAUGAAGGUGGCCGGCUGCAUUGGAAACAACUGGAGACAGGUUGGCAUAAUGGCACUCGAUAUGACCACCACCACGCUUGAGCAGAUAGAGGAGGACAACAAACUGCACAAAGAGCGGGUUUUCGCCAUGCUGCGGAGGUGGAGCAUGCGCGAGAGGGAAAAAGCCACACCUGCUCGUCUCUAUUGCCUUCUAACACAAGAAGAGGAGAACGGCAUCAACUCAGAAGAUCUCAACUUCCUGAUGGAAAACAACUGAGGACUUGAUUUAUGUAGCACUUUGAAAAACAAACCACUAGAGGGAGACAUAACUGCUAGUCAGUUAUUUUUUGUGUUUUGUUUUGUUGGUCAGCUUCUGGAAAUGAUUGGGAAACGUCCAAGCGCACUAAGCUAUUAUGCGGGUAUUUGACUGCUCGUUUUUCCUAAAAUCCGACCCCAUUGUUUGUAGAUUAUUUGAAAAUAUGCUUAGAUAUUUAGCUUUGUUUUUUUAAAGGAGCAGGACUGAGUAAACAGUGUGAAGUUUUAUUUCAAUAUAUUUUUUUAUGGCAUUAUUACAUGUUAAGCUUAUUUCCAUGCAAAACAUAGCACUUCAGUGUAUACGUGCAGCUUUAAAUUUUAUCCUAAUAAUUUCAGGUGAUACCGUAGCAUUCCAUCAUGAUACAUUCUUAAAAACAAUAAUAAUGCAUUUGCUUUAAGUAAAUGAAUGUGAAAGCUUUUAUCUUAAGUCUUAAAAACUUGAACCGAUUCCAUGAACAGAUAAGGACGUCUGGUGUUUAUGACAGAAGUUUUAGGUUCCAAUAGAGACCGCUAUCUGGCAACAUAACGGCAACCUUCGCUCUCUCGGCAAGUAUCACGUUGUUUCACCCUGAUGCAUUUUCACCCUGGGUUUUCACCCUUGUUCACCCUUGUUCACCCUUAUUUUGCAUGCCAAGCAGGUGAUAGGAUGGGAGGCGGAGCUUUGUACUAUUCCACUGCGAGUUCUUAAACAGCAUCAAGUCUUGUCUGACUUCAUGGAAUCUUUUACUUUUGGAAACAUUGUUUUUUUUUUUUAUUUAAUUGAUUGCAAUUUGAUGCGAGAGCAGAGAUUUCAAAUGUAAUGUCAUGAUUAUAUUAAUUGGACUCUUAUGUUAAAUUCUCCUUGAACUUUAUUUGUUUUUGUACUUUAUAUUUGUCAUUAAUCAUGCUUCUGGUGAUGGUUUGUUUCUUUUGUACGAAACUAAAGAGAAUUAAAUGAUUGUCAUUGAGAUGUGAAAGG